AUGGCCUUCCCAACUGUAGUGUUGCGACGCCUGCCGCGCAAUACAACUGCAGAGGCGGUGAGAACUAUGUUGCUGUUCGCCAAAGAUCUCCAUGACACCGAGAUUGUUCCGACCGAGUGUGAAGAAGACAACGGGUUCACGACUGCCAUUGCUCGAUUCGCUUCUCUGACCGGCGCCACAGAGGCCCAAUCUAUGUUGAAUGGAAAGCAAAACACGGCUGGGCAGGCGAAGAUGAUCGUGGACGUGAUUACCACGCCGCCACUCGCGUCAGCGUCCCGACGCAACACGAUUGAUCCUAUGGCGAAUCGAAGGCUUGCUCAAUCGGUGUCACCACUCUUAGCCAAUGGCCAGAAGUCGUCGCGGUUCAACGGCACGUUUCAGUCACUCGACAAAACUUCCCCUCCUCUCCUCGCCUCACCCCCAGAUCAUCCGUCAUCCGAAACCAGUUCGCAUUUGCAGACCAUCUUCUCUCCUCAGUCCCCCGUCAACAGCACAGUCACCGACCGGUCUCGGGCUAGCGGGAAACAGGUGAUUGACGAGGACGGUGGUGACGAUGACACGAGAGAAUUCUUGAAGGACCCCCUGGCCUUCAUGAACAGCUCUGCCGUGAGUGCAAACGCAGGUCGCAAAUCAGGCAAUGGGCGGCUUCCGACGGCUGCAUUUUCUGCGUUGUCGUUGAAUACGAAUAUGAAUAAUGGCCCGUCCAAAAACUACGCUUCUCCGCGAUCUGCGGUGCAAGGCAGGGGGAAUCAUGGCCAGUUCUCGCCGAAUGCGACACCAAAUGGUCCAUAUUCUGCAGCCGGUCCCUCAUAUAUUCGACAUAACUAUCCUCCGGUCAACCCUGCGGAUCAAAACCCGCCUUGCAACACGCUCUACGUGGGCAAUCUGCCUAUCGACACGUCGGAGGAUGAGUUGAAGGCCAUGUUCUCCAAACAACGUGGUUACAAACGGCUUUGCUUCCGGACGAAACAGAAUGGGCCAAUGUGUUUUGUAGAAUUCGAAGACAUUUCUUUUGCGACCAAGGCGUUGAAUGAAUUGUACGGGGCACAGCUCCACAACAGCGUCAAAGGAGGAAUUCGAUUGAGUUUUUCCAAGAAUCCUCUUGGAGUUCGAGCAGGGCAACCGGGAAGUGUGAACCCUGUCACACCGUUGAGUGCGACUGGACCUGUGGGCAUGAAUGGGUUUUCGAACAGUGUUUCGCCCGGAAACUACGGAUCAGCCAAUGGGCCACCACCAGGGCUCUCUAUGCCCCCGGGGCUCAACGCAGCCAUGAAUGGAGUGGGCCCAGGCCCCGAUACAUACUCUAGCCCGGGUCCGAACGGGCAGCUUGUCAACCAAGCGUUGGGGAUGCGUGGAAUGGCGUCGAAUCACGGACACGGUGGUCCAUCGUUCGGAGGCAACUAUCCAGACUACAUGCUCGGUCGGUGA